AUGGAGACUGCAGAGCGCUCCGCGAGCGGAGCUGGCGAGUACGCGCGCGGUGGCCGCCCGCUGCCCGGGGCCCCCGACUGCCCGACGCGGCUCGCCGGCGCAGACUCCGGAUCCGCAGGCUUCUGGAGACCUUGGGUUGAUGCCCGAGGCGAGCAGGAGGAGGCCUCUCACCAAGCAGAGAAGAGGAUGCCCAAUGGCCCCGGAAUGACCGAAGCCUCUGGAAAGCUUUCCCGAUACAAGCACCCAGUCAGACUAUUUUGGCCAAAAUCAAAGUGUUAUGAUUACUUAUAUCAAGAAGCAGAAGCUCUUCUGAAAAAUUUUCCAAUUCAAGCCACAAUUUCGUUUUAUGAAGAUUCUGAUAGUGAAGAUGAAAUUGAGGAACUGAUUUGUGAAAAUUAAUCUGAUUAGUUAUUUUUGAUGACAU